AUGGACCACACAGAUACGAUAUCCCCACGACUCCGACCACCCAGUUCGCGCGCUGUCCAUCCUCCUUUGAGCGCCGCCUUGAGCCAGAAGACGCGUACUGUAAGGAAGGCUAGGAAAAACCUGACGCGUGAGGAGCGCGCUCAAAUUCGCUGGAUGAACGCGCGCGGCUUCAGCUACUCCAAAAUAGCCGACAUCCACGACAUCUCCGUCUCAACCGUGCGGAAUGCGGUCGAAAACGUCAUCUACAGUCGUCCUGACAACGCAUCGGAGGAUGACCAGUACCUUGACGCCGAGUUCCUUGCGAAAUAUCUGCCUGAAGUAGAAGCGUCCUCUGCAGCGACAGGCCCUUCGCAUGCAUCUGACCCAAAGGUGUCCACUGGAAAUGGCGCAUCCUCUGGAAGCGGCUUCGACGCGUCAUCCUUAGGGUCGGUCAAGAGCGUGAAAUUGACGCUUUCGGGCGAGGGCGCCAACAAUGGCAGCGGCGGACGCGCUUCCUUGGGAAGGAGUCCGCGUCGUGCGAAUCCCUAUACUAGGAGAUCCGUAUCUACGGGUGUCUCGCGCGGGGUCGGUCCUGAACCUCAGUCGAUCUCGGCCUCGGCGUCCGCGCCUAUGCCGAGGAACGGCCGGCUCGCCGAAGCAGACGCCAACGGACCGUCCUCGCAGCUGUCCAGAAUCACGACUAGCUUCAGCAUUCCCGACACGCAGUCUCCGGCCUCUCGUAGCCCAAGCAUGGCGGAUACAAUGGCAUCCUCGCCGCACGUCGCCAUGCCCUCCGAGCGGAGCGCAGGCUCACCUCCCAACGCAUCUCCAGCGCCGCGCGCUACGCCGAGACCGCUAGAUCCCGAGAAUGUUGUCUUCUUUCGCGACUUUCUGUCCAACCUCGACGUCGAUCUCACUCGGUUUCAAACCGACCUCAUCGCGAACAAUCUUGGAUGCGCGCGCCACGUUCUUCCCCUCCGUAGUUGGACGUCGCACGAGCUCUAUGACCUGCUCAAGGAGGCGAUCCCCGGCAUGUCGCCUCUCGAGCGCUACGUUCUCGUGCAGGGCAUGCGCGCGAUGGACGACAACGGGCGCAAGAAUCCCAGUACGAUCCGGCGGCUGAGAGAAGACCCCUCUGCGAACGCGCAGCUUCAAUCGCGCGUGGAUGCGAACCGCUUCCUGAACCUCAUCGGCUUCGGCUUCGAGACGCAGAACCUCGAUACGAUGUACAAGAUCAUCCUUAUCUCGAGCUGGCCCCCGGAGGUCAUCCACGCGUUCAUCGUCGAAGAUAUCCCGGAGAUCCCGCCUGUCUCUCGCUACGUGCUCGUGCACGGCCUGCGCACGCUGUGGACCCAUCUUCAAGAGGUUGGCGAGUGGACGGCGCCGAGCAACUCGGAGCUGCUUCCCGUGCGGACGCCGCCUCGCUAUCUUUCCACGUUUCUGGCCGCCCUGGACUACGACAUGUCGGAAUACGAGGGAUUCCUGGUGGAGCGCGGACUGGAUAGCCUGCACAUCAUCACUGCUGUCCGUCGGUGGCCUGCGGGCGACCUGCACGCGAUGUUGCGGGACGUCUACCCGGACCUCCCGGUCGUCAAGCGCUACGUUCUCGUGCACGGGAUCAGAGCGUGUAGGGACGACGGAGUCUACGAAAAGAGCGCACGCCGGGUGGCGCUCGAUGCCUCUCCCGAUGCGUGGGCGCGACCCGCCUUCGCUUUCCUGGCAUCUCUCGCGCAUGACCUUUCUGGGUACCUCGCUACGCUCGCGAAGGUCAACCUUGGCACGCUCGGCCAGCUCGCUGCAUUGUCAGACUGGGAUGGCGACGAAUUGCACGGGCUGCUGAAGGAGGCCGUUCCCGAACUUAGCGUCACGCAUCGCUUCAUUCUUGUGAAGGGCGUGAAGGGCAUACCUUUGAACGCGGUAUACAUUAUACCAAUACGAGAUGCAUCCUACGAAAAUGAAUCGGGGAUAUUCGGUCAAAUAAUACGCUGGCCAGCCAGUGCCGACUCAACUGACGGCCACCAUGUGGUGCACUUCAUACGAUGA